GCGUGGAACAAGUGGGCGAGCAUACUCAUCACCGGAGCUGCCACUCCCGUAGGCGUGUGGGCCGUCCAGCUUGCAAAGCUUGCUGGCGCCGGCAGAAUCGUUGCGACGUGCGCGGCCGAACACAUGGACCUGGUUCGCCGGCUCGGAGCAGACGAGGUAUACGACUGGUCGCAGGAGGGCAACCUGAAGGACUGGAAAGGAAAAAGAUUUGCCAUUGUUCUCGACCUGAUGGGCGGGACGACUUUGACCGAGGCAUGGAAAGCGGUUGAGAAGAUGGGCAAGAUUCUUAGCGUCGCCGGCAACCCGAUCGAAUCGAGACCAUGGGCAGAUGUCGUGAAACCCCACGUCGCCAGCAUCAAUUUUCGUCUCAAAAACAGCCCUGCAGCCCUCAGAGUCGUUGCAGGCCUUGUCAACCGUGGGCUGGCGAAGGCUGUCUGCGACGUUAAUGACGUGUUUCUUUGGGAAGACCUUCAGAGCGCCAUCAACAGAUUGUCUGAUCAUCCGCGUGGGCAGGUGGUGCUGCAACUGGACUCGACCUACCCUGCCGAAGAAAUCUCGAUACUCCAAAAGCACGGC